CCUCAGAAAAAAAACAUGCUAACGUUGCCACCUUCCUACACAUGUCUUCGAGACGUUCGUCACAUGCACACACCCGCAUACCUGCUCAACACCAACGUUACAUUCGCAGGGGCUCAGUUUGCCUUCUCCAUCUACGACUUCGAAGGCAAGGAGGAGGUUGACGCCUACUACUUGGGCGACGUGCUCCGCGCGCUCAACCUCAACCCCACCCUGGAGAUGAUCGAGAAGCUCGGCGGGCAGAAGAUCAAGAAGCAGAAGAAGCUGAAGCUGGACGAGUUCCUGCCGAUCUUCUCGCAGGUCAAGAAGGACAAGGACCAGGGUGGCUUCGAAGACUUUAUGGAAUGCCUGAAACUCUACGACAAGGCCGAGAACGGCACCAUGAUGGCGGCUGAACUCUCACACGUCCUGCUCUCCCUCGGUGAGCGGCUGUCUGAUAAGGAAGUUACGCAGAUCAUGGCCGAGUGCUGCGAUGAAGAGGACGAGGAUGGCUUUAUUCCAUACGAGCGUUUCAUCAAGCGAAUGCUGGCUGGCCCUUUCCCUGAGUCGGCCGCGUAGUGUGCCCUAGCCGCGGUCAGCGCCUCGCCCAGCGCAGGUAAACGAAACAACAUCUCGACCCAUCUUUCACUGGGAGGCCACCUCCCCACCGCCCUGCCACCUGGCGGUGCCACCACUCAGCAGCUGUGUACAGUCUCCGGCACGUGACCCGACGCAGGGCGCGCGUGCCCGCCGGCCGUUGGCGCCGCCCGGAUCGGCCUGGGUGCGGCGCCCACCGGCCGGCCGGC